AUGACCGAAACCAGCGGAAGAGCAUUUGCUCUGGCCAUCUCCAUAUUGAUGGUAGUGACGGGUUCGCUGAAUACCAUCUGCGCAAAAUGGGCGGACAGUCUAAAAGCAGAAGGCACUGCUUUCAAUCAUCCUUUUCUACAGGCAACGUGCAUGUUUUUUGGUGAAUUUCUAUGCUUAGUCGCAUUCUUUGUCAUUUAUGGUUAUAAGAAACAUCGUGAAUCCGGUUCAGUAACCGAUAUCACGUCCGAUUGCGAACCGCAACUACCCCAGUUCAAUCCGUUUGUUUUCUUGCCGCCGGCUUGUUGUGAUAUUCUUGCAACGUCAAUCAUGUAUAUCGGUUUGAAUCUUACAACGGCUAGCAGUUUCCAAAUGUUGAGAGGAGCUGUUAUUGUCUUCACUGGUCUGCUCUCCGUUGGAUUGCUGGGAGCACGCAUUCAGGGUUUCAAAUGGAUUGGAAUGGUCUUUGUUAUCUUGGGAUUGGCCGUCGUGGGAGUGACUGACAUUCUCUACGAUGAUGAUCCUCUCGACGACAAGAACGCUAUAAUUACUGGUAAUCUACUUAUAAUCAUGGCACAAAUCAUUGUUGCGAUUCAAAUGGUUUAUGAACAAAAGUACCUAAAUCAGUACGAUGUUCCAGCUUUGUUUGCUGUUGGACUGGAAGGUUUGUUCGGUAUGACUAUUCUUUCUGUAUUGAUGGUGCCGAUGUAUUACAUACAUGUUCCGCACACGUUUUCCACCAAUCCUGAGGGAAGGCUCGAGGACGUCUUCUUCGCAUGGAAGGAAAUCUGUGAACAACCUUGGAUUGCUGUUGCCUUAGGUGGAACAAUCAUCAGUAUUGCUUUCUUUAAUUUCGCCGGUGUUUCUGUCACCAAAGAGCUGUCGGCCACAACUCGAAUGGUUCUCGAUAGUGUCAGAACACUACUCAUUUGGGCAUUCAGCAUUCCAUUCUUUGGUGAACAGUUCAUUCCCCUUCAGCUCCUCGGCUUUGGGCUGCUUAUUCUUGGCAUGUUCGUCUACAAUGAUAUACUUAUCGGCCCAUGGUUCCGACGCCAAGUACUGCCUAACAUGGGAGAUUCGAACUUGUGCACCAGGUGCUGGUUCUCCAUAUGCGGUGCUGAUUUGGAAGAGGCAGACCGAGAAAGUUUGCUAAACGAGGAUGCAUAA